AUGUCUAUGAUUUAUUUGGGCAUUCCUGAAGAGAAUAUCCUGGAGAAACACAUUGAGGGAAUUCAGCGAUAUUGUGGUUCGGAUGCAAAAGUUAAUAGUCUUGCCUCUCAAUAUGUUCACAAGCUAGGGAUGAUUAUCAAAAGGUCUACCCAUGAGCUGGAUCUAGAUGAUCAAGCCAGCAUUCGGAUGUGGGUUGAACGGAACAAAAAGUCUGUAUUCUUUUAUCAAGAUACUUCGGAGUCAGACCCUUUUGUUUUGGGGAUCCAAACAGAAUGGCAGUUGCAACAGAUGAUUCGUUUCGGUCAUUGCAGUGUUGUUGUGGCAGACUCAACCUUUGGUAUAAAGAGACUCAAAUAUCCUUUGUUCACGCUUCUUGUUUUUGAUUCAAGGCAACAUGCACUUCCUGUUGCAUGGGUCAUUACACGUAGCUUUUCAAAGCCUGACAUGUCAAAGUGGCUGAAUGCUUUAAUUGAUAGAGCUCAUAGUGUUGAACCUGGAUGGAGAGUUAGCGGCUUUGUGAUUGAUGAUGCUGCGGCUGAAAUUGAUCUUUUAAGAGACAUAUUUUGCUGUCCAGUUCUAUUUUCACUGUGGCGCAUUCGUAGAUCAUGGCUAAGGAAUAUUGUUAAGAAAUGCUGUAACAUUGAGGUUCAACGGGAGAUUUUUAAGCGUCUUGGGGCAAUAGUGUAUAGUAUCUGGGGUGGUGUUAAUACAUCGCUUGCGUUGGAACAAUUUUUGCAGGACUUUGUUGACCAAACUGAUUUCAUGGAAUAUUUCAGAGCUUCUUGGUUACCAAAGAUUGGUUAG